AACAGUUGGUGCACUUGAUGGAUACGAACUUGUUUGUGAGUUGUCUGCUAGAGUGUGUUCUGCUAGCGAGUAUCUACGGCAUGUGCGAAAGAAGUUUAGAAAUGGGAAAAACUGUUACUCUCUAAGACUAUUUGACUGAUUAUUUAGUCUUGUUCCCAAUAUGAAGUGCACGUUGAGUCGAUGACAUUGAAUUCUACUUGUGCACAGAAGUAAAGUAAGCGGGAAUGGCUGUGCAACCUUCAAGAACCUCUGCCCCGCAAGAUACUACCAAAAUGUGUGGCUCUGUUGGUGUAGAAAAAAAUUCAGACCCUUGUACAGAAAUUUCUCUCAAAGAUUUUCUUGAUUUUCUGUGCACUGCAUAUCAAAUUGCUGAAGCUAUAGAAGGGACCCCCAAUGAUGUUAGCAACAAGGCAGGAGUGGAUUGGAAUAAUUUGACCCAAAAUCAGCUGAUUUCCCACCUCUAUGAGCUUGAAGAGAUGGGAAAAAUUCAAUCUGAAGCUCAACCAACUGUUGAAGAAGCGAUUCCCUUCUCUGAUGCAAUGGCUGACAACCUCUUAGGCUUCCCUAAAAAUGGGAAUAGCGAUAAAAGGAAGAACUUCCUGAUGUUUCAAAGGAUGCAAAGUAUUUCCAUAGAUUGCCUAAGAAAUGUUGAUGAUACUGUAGUUCCUAAAAUUUCCAUGCCCUUAGAAAGAAGGCUGUCGACUGGAUCUGUUGCCCUAGAAAAUGACUUUGUCUUGAAGACUCCAAUCGUGGAAAGCAAAAACAAUGCCUCAUCUGCCUCUCCUCAACCACCUCCACAACCAGUCACAGUGGAUUCUUUAAUGAAACAAAAAUUAAAUGAUGUUCUUCAAGAAGGGAUAUUGGACUCUGUGUUACCCUAUCUGGUUCCAAAGCCUAUUAUUUCUUCAAAUAUGCCAAUGUCAAUGCUUCUCAGCAAAAGCUCUACAUCUAGCACAGAGACCAAGAAAGGUAGCUUGAAUCAAGACAGUCAAACAAAUGACAGUGGGGACAAAGGAAGAAACCGCAUUGUACCACCGACACAAGCAGUUGAUGGGUCCAAGCCAGACUUGGAGGUAGAAAUCCAUGUAUGUGAUGAAGUAAAGAAUCUUAAGAAAGAUUUUCGCUGCCCUCAAAAAUUGCUGGUUUCUAAAAUGGGUUACUUUGCUGAGGUCACCACAGGUCAAAAGCUGGAGGAUAUGGACAUUUCAGUUCAUUGUGAUUUGAAUAUUUUUGACUGGUUAAUGCGUUGGGUCAAAAAGGAUCUAACUCCUCAUGAAAGUCCACCAACAUUAGAUGCAAGCAAUGUUGUUCCUAUUCUUGUCUCAGCAGCUUUCCUUCAAAUGGAACCUCUAAUGCAGGACUGCUUGCGUUAUUGUCACAAAAAUAUGAAUAAUAUUUUAAGAACUUCUACAAAUUUAGCCUGCUUGAAUGACAGCAUUUUAACAAAGCUAGCCAAUUUAUACAGCAAUACUGACGUUGAGCAGCUACGAGACAAAAAAGACCGAGUGCAGUCCAGAAUUUUUUGCAAGCUUAUCAGUGUUUUAGCUGAACCCAAGGCAGAUCCACGACGAGGCCACUAUGCUAGUCUAGCUGCUCUGUUUAAAUGCAGUCGUUGUGGUAAACUAAUACUAAGACAGUUGGGUGGUCGAAUAGCUUGUAAACCUGGCAGUUCAAGGCUUGAUAGGAAUGGUGUACUCCAUGGGAAUCAUUCCAGAGAACCUACCUGGAACCUCAGCGAGUACAUUAAAACGCUCAAGACUGAAUUAAAGUCCUGGAGGAGGGUUUACUGGCGUCUGUGGGGAGAUUGCCAUUUCCAAUUUUGCUCUCUUUGUCACUCACAUUAUCCAAUUUAUCAGCGAAACUGGUGUUUACACCAUGUGGAUCCUCCUCAAUUUUUUUCAAUGGAAAAUCAAAGAACUCUCUCUUACCCUAUUGGACGUUACCCAUGCUGUGGAGAACGGGUCUACCGCUUUGAAGUUGUUCGGAGCUCAACAGGUUGUAACUUCCGGGCACAUCAGCCACUUCUGCAGUCUGCUGCAGAGUCUGAAGUAGAGCGCAUAUUUCAAGCUAAUAAUAAUGUUAUAGCUGUUGAUCCUCCCCCUGUAUCUUUGUCUGAUCGCCUGAGCAGACUUGUUGCAUCAAGUUCUAGAGAUCCUGAUGAAGGUAUAGGUUUGGGAACUGGUAAUCACAAUAGAAAUAAAGAGCGUGAUUCACAUUGGUGGGAUGGUUUGGAGUUGGCUCCAGCCAGGACAAAACAUGGACUUUUAGGACGAGUAUGGGACAGCUACCAACAAAGACUCACUCGUGCUUCAAGUCCGGUUUCUACUGACACAAGCAGCAGUGGUCCAAACACAAAGGCACCCAAUCUAAAGAAACAGAUGUCUGUUGUUGAGCCAGCCUCAGGCUCAACAAACGGAGCAGUCUCUGGGAGCACUGGCAUUGGGAGCUCCCUAGAACAUGACACCAGUUCGGACAUAUCAAGUUCUGAGAGUGAAGAGGUUUCAGAGGAAAAUUCAGAGGAAUCAUGUCACACUAGGUUUCGCCCCAUAAGACACAGGCGUAGGAAAACAGGCACUCGACGAUCCAGAGUGGUUUCAAGCAGGCCUGUUGAUAUGGGACCGCAAUGGAUAUCCAAAUUAUCAACAAGAAAUAAUCAAGACAACCAGAGAGAGUAUGAGGAGAGAGCUGUGCGCCACAUGGCUGCUCUGUUAACUAGGCGCACCAGUGGAGUACCUGGAUCUGGGCCCACUGCCGGAGGACAGCACCGCUCUAGUCACCACCACCAUCACCACCAUCACCAUGGCCACCACCACCACCAUCACCACCACCACCACCCGCACCACCACAGCAUGUGGAAUGGUCAUUACACACCUCCAGGUGGAACUUAUGUUCGGAUUGAGGCAGAAUGGAGGGAACAGCAUGCCGGCUAUUCAGGGUCAAGUGGACGCAGCCGACCCUCCACUUCUUCUCACUCUCUGACACGACAAAAGAGUAAAAGCAAUCGUUAGGUGCCAUUUCUUUUUUACUUUCAUAAGCUUUGUUAAACAAAAUUUUCAGAGAAACUGAAGAUUUAACUGUGUAGGAAAGGUGCCAUACUCAAUCAGAAAAUUAUUAUUAUUUUAGUGUUUGGUACCUAUCAGUCUUUCUAUCGAUGUUGUUAAGUUGGCCUAUAUUAUAACUGUUUUUACGUUUUAAAUUAAUUUAAUGAAUGUUUUGUUGUUCUCACAUUAUUUUAAAGAGUGUUAAGUUUUCUCAGAAAAGAGCCUCGCGUUUUUUUACAUUGCCUAUAUUUGAGAUUAUCAUACUGAAUCAUAACUGUCCCAAAACUGUUAAUUUUUUGUUACAGUUUUAAAAAUUAUUGUUAUGCUUAUGUGUUACUGUAUAUUUAUUCAUUGAUUUAUAGUCUUUGAUAACACUGCCUUAAACUAUGUACUAAAUGUAAAGCUCCAGCUUACCUUUGUACAGUGUUUCUAUCUAUUUUUAGUGAUAGUUGUUUUAUAGAAUUUCCUUUUAAAAGUAAAAUCUGUAAAGAAAACAU